AUGGUCUUCACGGUAGCUUCUCUCUAUGCAUCAAAAUCCGUCUCAUUUAUCCCGACUCUGUUUGCGGUUCCUCGCAUAUUUAAACAUCUUAUCAUAACCUUCUUUUAUGUUCUAUGUCUCAUGCUAGUCAGCUACUUGGCCUACUACGUUCCUAUGUCUUUCUUGGCUGCGAAAAAUAUUAAUGUAGCUCUCUUCUUGGGGUUUCAGAUCAUAUUUGGAACCAUAUACGAUCUUGUUCAUAUCUAUGUGACAGCUCAAUGGCAUUUAGCAAGUGUGAUUUCUGUUCUUGAACCUAACGGUUAUGGGUUGGCAGCCAUGAAGAAGAGUACACAACUUUUACGAGGGAGAACUUUUAUUGCUUUCGGACUUGAAAAUUUGUUUUUGGGGGCUACAUGGAUGAUAGAAUAUAUGUUUUUGUUUACGGUGGAGGCUCAUAUACAUUUCAUGGUUAAGAUUUUGUUGGGAUUGCUGUGUUUGUUCAUGCUGGUGGCAGUUAAUCUCACGGGGCUAUUAGUUCAGAGCGUCUUCUACUAUGCUUGUAAGAGUCAUCACAAUGAAGUGGUUGAUAAGAAGCUUUUGUAUGAUCAUCUUGGUAGUUAUGAUCUCGGUGAUAAAUCUGUUGCAUUAAAUCCAAGUUGUACUGGAAGUUUGGAGUUGCAGAGCUUGGUCAAAGAUGAUCACCGCAUAGUGGGAUAUCAGCCUGUUGCACUGAAUGCUAUUUCUACUGAUGACAGUACUAUCAAGAUGGAGAGAUCGGUCAAAGAUGAUGACAUAGUUGGAGACCUGAUCAAUACUCUGGAGCUACCAAACAUGUUUGUGGGAAUAGAGAUCUGUUCACCUCCUACCAGAGGGUAG